CCACAGACGUCCCUUUUAUAUAUACUUGUAGAAUACAAGACCUGAUCAACCCAAGCAGCAUAGCUCUCUCUACAUUACUCACAGCACAAGCAUAUUCUGCAGUUCCAGCAAUCAGAACAGGAGACUAUUACUUUGAGGCAGAAGACCAAGAGUGAAUUAUCCUUCUACAUUAACCAAAUAUGAAGAAAUCAAUUCAGGAACAAGUUAUUGGAAUUCCAAUCACUUCAGCAGCAAGCCAAGUGCAGAAAACUCCUAGACUUUUCCUUGAAAAUACUAGCCAAAGCUAUGUUCCAACUCCUGCAAAUAAGUCUCUUGCAGUGAAGCAAGAUAAAAUAGAUUCAGUGCUUAAAAGGAUGAAUAAGUUAGGGAAAAAAGCUGACAAAUUUGCACAUGGAAUCCGCGAGCAUGUGAAACUGGGGACCAAAAUCACUGAAACGCUGAAGGGAAAGUUGAGCUUGGGAGCAAGAAUUCUUCAAGUGGGAGGAGUGAAGAAAAUUUAUCGGCAGUUAUUUAAUGUUAAAGAAGGAGAGAGAUUGUUGAAAGCUUGCCAAUGUUAUUUGUCAACAACAGCUGGUCCUAUUGCAGGACUUCUCUUUAUCUCGAGUGACAAGCUUGCCUUCUGUAGUGAGAGAUCAAUUAAAUUGUCUUCUCCAGAAGGAAAAAUGGUCAGAAUCCAUUACAAGGUGGUGAUCCCACUAAAAAAGAUAAAGAUUGCAAAUCAAAGUGAAAAUGUGAAGAAGCCAUCACAGAAGUUCAUAGAAAUAGUGACUGUUGAUGACUUUGAUUUCUGGUUUAUGGGUUUCUUAAAUUAUCAGAAAGCUUUCAGGUGCCUUCAGCAAGCAACAUCUCAAUCUUGGAUGUCUGAAACCACAAGUCACCCAAAUAUGUUUUGAACCCAAGUUUGCCCCUUUUCUUAAUCAGUGUAACUAGAUGGCGUGACAACAUGUCAACAAGAUCAGUUGACCUCAAAAACUGUACAGAAGUUUUAUUAAUGAGAAUUGCUUUCCUAAUUUUUCAA